AUUCAUUUUACUCCUACAUAUGCCCGAAAGGUUAUUAAGCCAGUGAGCUUGGUGUAAAACAAGGCAGCAUGAAGCCCAUGCAGAUAUAUAUUGUGUGCAUUGAGCUCUUGCUGGGUGCAUGUUUAAGUGGAGUACUGGCCAAAAAACAGGGUGAACCCAUAUCAGAGGAUAAAGAAGUGCUGGUGUUGACUGAAAGCAACUUUAACCAAGCACUGAAACAACACAGCCAGUUACUGGUGCACUUCUAUGCUGCUCUCUCUGGUGAGUCUCUUGGCUCAAUUCUAGAGUUUGCAAAGGCGGCCAGUGAGCUCAAAGAAACCAAAUCAUCAGUGAAACUAGGAAAGAUUGAUGUCUCUAAAGAAAAAGACCUUGCCAAAUUCUUAAACGUAACUACAGUGCCAUCAUUAAGACUAUACCUCUCUGGAGACAAGUAUAACCCUGUUCAAUGUCCAGUUCUGAAGAGCUCCACUGCCAUCCAAACAUGGCUUAAAAGGAGAGAGGGCCCUAGUGCUGACCUUAUUACUGAUCUCAGCCAGUUGGAGAGCUUACUUGCAGAAGACGAGCUUGUGGUUCUAGGAUUAUUUAAGGAUCUUGAGACGGGCUUAGUAAAGGUGUUUUACGAUGUGGCUGCUGAUCUUGCUGACCUGGCCUUUUGUGUAACAGAAAGCAAGCAGAUCUUUAGCAAGUAUGAUAUAUUUGAUGACUCAAUUGUGCUUCUCAGAAAGUCAAAAAUGGCAGAAAUAUUUGAGAUGACAAGCAAAACAGUGAAAGAAGAAGUCAUUCACUUCAUUAGAGUCUAUGAGAUGCCUCUGGUGACUGAGUACAAUGGCAAGACAUCAUCUAAGAUACUAAACUCUGUGGUGCAGAAUCACUUCGUUUUGUUCAUUGAUAAAUCUGAGAAAGGAUUCAGAGAAACAUAUCGUGCUUUCAAAAACUCUGCCAAAGAAUAUAGAGGCAAGGUUUUGUUUGUCCUGAUCGAUACGGGUGAACCUCGGAAUGGACGUAUCUUAGAGUAUUUCCGUGUGAGGAAGGAGGAUUCACCACUGGUACGCAUGGUUAACUUGACAGACAAUGUACAAUAUCAAUUACCUUCAGACCAACUGGACAUACAAACGAUCACUGACUUCUGCCAGAGUUACUUACAGGGGAAUGCUAAGCCAAAGCUACAGAGUGAGCCAAUCCCUGAUGGCUGGGACAAGCAGCCAGUAAAAGAGCUGGUGGGGAUUAACUUCGAAAGGGUGGCUUUCAAUGAAAACAAGAAUGUCUUAGUUCUUUUCUAUGCCCCUUGGAGUUCCGAGAGCCGAGCACUGUUUCCUUUAUUUGAAGAGCUUGCAAAACACUACAGUGACACUGAGGAUGUGGUAAUUGCCAGAAUUGAUGUAACUGCAAAUGAUGUAAACAUUCGCAUGAUAGACAGAUAUCCAACCAUUAAACUCUUUCCUGCAGUCUAUGCUGAAAGGGUGGUGCCAUAUUCUGGCCAGACUAAGCUGGAACCAAUAGUUGAGUUUGUGAAUGCAGAGAGAGGACAAGCCAAAGAGCAUAAGGCCAAGGAAGAGAUAGAAAGGAAGAAAUAUCUGGAUGCACAGAAAGCAGCAACCAAAGAAGAGCUAUAGUGUGCGCACACACACAGGAAGAAAAAAAAGAUCUGAGUUCUUCUUGAUUGCCUGUAAAUUAAUCAGGACAAAAUGUUAAUGAUCAUGAGAAAUAAAAUAAACAAAACCUGUAUGUC